GACGGGCGGAGCUUCAGGAUUUCCAAGCCUUUAAUAUCAGUCAGUUGCAGAGUUAAAAGCAUUAUUCAGCAUAACUUUUUUGGCUUUCAGAACCACUGCUGCAGUCUGCUCACCAGGACAAUGGCAUAUCUCCCAAAACUUUUCAAGUACAUAGAUGACAAUCAAGAAUUGUAUGUAAAACGCCUUGCAGAAUGGGUGGCAAUACAGAGUGUGUCCGGAUUUCCAGAGAUGAGAAGCGAAACUAUAAAAAUGGUGGAGUUCGUCGGCAAAGAGAUAGAAAAACUGGGUGGGUCAGUAGAGCUGGCUAAUAUUGGACAACAAACGCUGCCUGAUGGAAGAAAUAUUCCUCUUCCUCCAGUCCUAUUGGCCACACUAGGCAACGACCCAGCAAAGAAGACCUUGUGCAUCUAUGGACAUCUGGAUGUUCAGCCUGCUCAGAUCGAGGAUGGUUGGGAUUCUGAGCCCUUCAAGCUGGUGGAAAAAGAUGGAAAAUUAUAUGGAAGAGGUUCCACUGACGACAAAGGACCAGUGUUGGCAUGGCUGAAUUGUAUUGAAGCUCUUCAAAAACUAAAUCAGGAAAUUCCAGUUAAUAUCAAGUUCUGCUUGGAAGGAAUGGAGGAGACUGGGUCAGAAGGUCUUGAUGACCUGGUGUUUGGCCGCAAGGACACAUUCUUCAAGGGUGUGGAUUUCGUCUGCAUUUCUGAUAACAACUGGCUGGGCAGGAAGAAACCCUGUAUAACGUAUGGUCUCCGAGGCAUCGCCUUCUUCUUAGUGGAGGUUGAAUGUGCCAAUAGGGAUCUGCACUCUGGUAUCUUUGGUGGUACAGUGCACGAAGCAAUGACUGACCUGAUUUAUUUACUGGGCAAAUUGGUGGACAGAAAGGGAAAGAUCCUUGUUCCUGGUAUUUAUGAAUCAGUGGCACCACUUACAGAGGAGGAAAAGAAUUUGUAUGACAAAAUAGACUUUGAUAUUGAAGAGUACUGCAAGGAUGUGGGCACCUGUCAGCUGUUGCACAGCACAGAGGAACAAAUUCUGAUGCACCAAUGGCGAUAUCCAUCCUUGUCAUUACAUGGAAUUGAGGGGGCCUUUGCUGGUACAGGAACUAAAACAGUCAUUCCCAAGAAUGUUAGUGGAAAAUUUUCUAUUCGACUAGUGCCCAACAUGGAUCCAAAAGUGGUUGAGAAGCAGGUUGUGGAUUACAUCCAAAAGAUAUUUUCUGAGUAUGGAAGCCCAAACAAAAUGAAGGUGUUCAUGAAUCAUGGUGCUAAGGCUUGGCUGUCAGACUAUAACCACCCCCACUAUAGAGCUGGCAGGGAUGCAAUAAAAACAGUGUUUGGAGUUGAACCAGAUAUGAUCAGAGAAGGUGGAAGCAUCCCAAUUACCUUGACAUUACAGGAAGCUACGGGAAAAAGUGUUAUGUUACUGCCAAUUGGAGCAGCAGAUGAUGGCGCUCACUCCCAGAAUGAGAAGAUCAACCGAGCCAACUAUAUUCAGGGUAUCAAGGUGCUGGGUGCUUACUUCCAUGAAAUUUCUUGUUUGAAGUGACAACAGUUCUGGAUUGAUGAAUUGUUGAAGUGCUUUGCAAAACUCUACAUCCAAAAAGAUUCACUUAAUCAUAUACUGUACGGAGACAUAAUUAGAAACAAUGAUUUGUUGCUGAAGAAGGUAGAUCGUGUAAUUAAAAUAUAAAUAUUAAAGAUAUCAGCUUUGUUUCUUGAUUGUAAUGUAAAUUUUGAAUAUGUAUACUGUACAACCAAUUCUGUUGAAGCAUUCCUGUUAAAGUUGACCUCUACUGCCUGGAGAGUUGGUGAAAGCAGAUUCUGCAAUAUAUUCUGCAAAGGAAUUGGAUAAGUACUUGAAAUGUAAAAAAUUUGAAGGACUGUAGGGGUAGACUUCGACAAAUUGGGUAGCCUCCUCCUAACCCUUUUAUUCUGUGAUUCAAUAAAAAUGGACGUGAAUUGAAAAUACAUGAAAAAUAAAUGUGGUGGAU